UUCAAGUAAUUUUAAUCAAUUAAAUAAUCGCAUCUAAGACCACAAUCUCCAUCUGAUACGGACGUUCUAGGAUGAUGUCCGAGAUGUCCUCCGACCUGUAAGUCAGCGGAGGAAGCGUGCGCGCUGGAGGAGCGCGCACCGCGAGAACGAAAGGAAGGGAAAGGUAGGGUCGCGGGGGCGACCCGUCCACGACGAGGGGGACGUGGGGGAGGAGAGACGCGUCCCGAAGUGUUCGCGGGGAGAUUCGAGCCGCGAGUCUCACACGUGAUAUCGUCGUGCGGGAGUACGCGCCUCGUUUUAGACGCGCGACAACGUUGGAUUUCCCGUUGGUCGCUCGCCGCCCGAGCGGAGCGAAGCGUCGGGGCGGCAACACGCGUGCAACCGCUGGAAAACCAUCGCGAGAUGCGGCUCUCCUCGAGAGAGGAUCUAAGAUAAUUUGUCCGGCGGUGAUUGUCGAAGACUCGGUAUGGCGGUCGACAUUCUGGACGAGGAUCAUCUCGCCGUGAGCGCGAUCGUGACCGUCGGCAUGCAGCUCAUUUUCUUCACGAUCGCGGCCACCUUCCAGAUGGACAAACUGACAGACUUUGCCGGCGGCACCAACUUUAUCAUCCUCGCCCUCCUCACCUUCUUUCUCGGUCAAGUGGGCAAGACGUACGACAGCCGACAAGUUAUGGUAACUGUGUUUGUAUGCCUCUGGGGUGUACGACUUUCCGGAUACCUCUUAUAUAGAAUAAUCAAGAUUGGUCGUGACAAAAGAUUCGACGACCGUCGUAGCAACGUGAUCCGUUUCGCCGUCUUCUGGACAUUUCAGGCUGUAUGGGUGUACAUUGUCAGUCUGCCUGUGAUAAUAAUCAAUUCUCCGCGUCACAAAAUACCGCCCGCUCCAAAGACAAUGACAACACUUGACAGUGCCGGUACGGGUCUCUUUCUCAUCGGUUUAUUAGCCGAAACCUAUGCCGAUCUGCAAAAAUUCGCCUUCAAGCAGGAUCCAGUAAAUAAUGGCAAAUGGUGUAACGACGGACUUUGGAGGCUCUCACGGCAUCCAAAUUAUUUCGGCGAAAUCGUUGUCUGGUGGGGAAUCUUUAUAAUAUCCUUAAAUGUUAUUGAAGGAGCUGAGUGGGUAGCUAUCGCUUCUCCGAUCUUCACAACGUUUAUUAUUUUAUUCCUAUCAGGGAUGCCAUUAUUGGAAAAAGCGUCAGAUGAACGUUACCGAGAUAACGCGGAAUAUCGCUACUACAAGCAGUCCACAUCGCCGCUGAUACCAAUACCACCGUCCAUCUACGUUGAAGUGCCGCGUUUCCUCAAGUUCAUCUUGUGUUGCGAAUUUCCCCUGUACGACUCCCUGGAUGUGAAACCACGAUCAGCCGUCACCGAAUCAACAUCCAUCAGCCUCGCUGCGUCCACGUAGCUGUAGCCACACGCCGGACGUUCAAAUUCCGAGUCCGGCGUGCAAUUGACGGUUACGACAGCUACGACCAGCACAGCCUUCUAAGUGCUACUUCACCUAUCGGUGGGCUCCCCGUCUGUCCGCGAAAUACUAUCUCGACGACCGAACCAUAUAAUUCCCAAUACAAUGUCCUCUCGAAUCGAUGUUUCAUAAGAGACGUAUUUCGUACAAAUCUGCUUCAUCAAGCGCAAUAAAUACUCGAUAUGCGGGUACCGUAUUGGACAGAUCUCUCCUCAAGAAGGAAAGGCUUAAGAUGAAGUAUUAUUAUUUUUGUAACUAAAAAUCUUAUCUAUGAAGAGAAACGUAAGUGGUACCGAAGACUUUUUGUAUAGGAUCGAACAGCGAAUGGAAGAAUAAAAAAUAAUUAUUUUUGUAGCGAUGUUACAUGGGUACCAAUGUAAAAAGAAGUUUGUUGACCAAUUUGCAAGCAUCGUUCCUAUACGACAAGUUAUUAAUAGUAAUUUUAUUAGCAGUUUCGAUAGCGAUUUCAUUUAAUUAUAUGUAUUUAAAUUUUUGAUUUAAAUUAACUUGGAAAUAUGUAAUAAUUUAUAUGUCCAAGUAAUAUCUAGACUUUAAGAGAAAAAACGUGUAAAAAGUAUAUCUUGAAUUGUAUAAAUGAAUAAUAUAUUGUUCUAAAAGUAUAGUUUUUGCCAAAGUAAAUUAGGCUGUCGUUAUUCAUGUUUGUCGUUAAUGAAAAAUGUGUCUUAAAUAUUACAGAAACGAAAUUUGAAGAGAAAUGUUGAAUAUGUAUUGGAUAAAAAAAAACGACAUAGUACGUUUCUAAAACUAAUAAUAAUUCUUGAAAUCAAUCUGUGAUUGGUUUGAUACUAUAAUUACUGUAUGCGUUGUUAAAGACAAAAUAAUUUGCAGAAACAGAUUGAAAUGAGAAAGAAAAUAUAUGUAUCUUAAUUCUCGCAACUAGUUACCGAAUAAGCAAUAUUUAUCGCCAAAGACAUCAGUGUGAUAAAUAUAAUAAAGUUAUCAGUUACCUCGUUAUAAUCGCUAUCAUUCCGUUUUUUUAAUACAUCAUAUAGGAUGCUUGCGAAGAAAUUUUAGACGCAAUACAAAUGUGAUAUAUUUAUGUGUACGAUUCUUGUCCUGUGGCUUUCAAUCAAAUUAUUGAAUUGUAGCAAUAUUAAACAUAUCUCUGUGCGAAAUAGGACGUCUUCGAAAUAUGAAAUAUCUGAAAAAAUUUAAUUAUGAAAGAAAUCUAUAAAGCAUAUAUAGGCAUAAUAAAAAUUGAUGCGAAUGAAACAUGAAUCCCUUAUGAAAUAAGGAUCCAAAAGUUUGUCCUCUCUACUUCACUGUUAUGUAAGAAUCUUCAAAGUUUAGAUAAUAAAUAAUAAUUAAUUCUCCCCUAAUUUAUACUUAUUAACUACAUACAUGCUUUCCUUUCAAAAUUAUGUACACAUGUAUUGUACAAUAUGGUAACACAAAAUGCAAAUUAUAUUGAUGUCUCUCAGAUGAAAAGAGAUUGGGCAAUGGGCCGCAUAAUAAAUAUUGGCAAAUUUCGUAAAGUUCACUUUAUAUUUAUAAACACAUUUUAUUUGUUCGUAUGUAUAUCGUUAAUAAAUGGUGAUAUAAUAAUGACAAUGAAAUGUAUAGCGCCGAGCAUAAAACGAGCAGUCAUAUUAUAAUUAUUAAUAUUCUUCUUAUAAUAAUCUUACUGUAUUGGGUGGGCCUAUAUAUCUACUGUGCUUGCAACGUUAUGGUCUUGU